UCUCUCUCGCUCUCGUUCUCUCAGUCUCUCUCUCGCUCUCGUUCUCUCAGUCUCUCUCUCGCUCUCUCAGUCUCUCUCUCUGUGUAUCGAGUUGAUAGCCUCUUCUCGAACCCUCAUUCCCGUAGAGACGAAGAAGCAUACGUCGGGAAAGAUUCUCAUUGGCCUUGUAUCGGCGACUCGACUCGGUUCCUGAAGAGGUGAAGGAAAUGGUGAGAAGUGAGUUACUGGAGAAGAGAUUCGGAAAGGCAAUGAGGGAUGUUGGGGAGCUUAACAAGCCCAACCUUCCAGUGAAGAGGACCAGGCAGGACAGGCUUGACAAACAACUGAAACAAGACAGCAUUCAAAAUUCUGGCAAUAUGAUAGCUUCGGUCUUUCCCAGCGGGCGAGUGGACUCGCCAGCUGAAGGUAGUGGUGUCAGUGAUUCAUCACUAAGAAAAGCCCAGAAAAGUAUUGGCAGGUUCUUUUAUGAAACAGGAGUUGACUUCAGUGCAAUCAAAGCACCUAGCUUCCCGGUGAUGAUAAAAUCUAUCAUUGGCCCUUUGAAUACAAUGAAACUUCCUACUUGUAAUGAUUUGAAAGGGUGGAUCCUUCAGGAUGCAGUGAAAGAGAUGCAAGAGUAUACGUCUGAUAUCAAGAGUGUAUGGGCAACCACAGGAUGCAGCAUCUUGUUAGACGGAUGGGUAGAUUCAAAGGGUCGAAAGCUUGUUAAUGUCUUAGUAAAUUGCCCAAAGGGCACAGUUUAUCAUCAAUCCUAUGAUAUUUCAGCAAUUGAUGGCAAUGUUGUUGCAAUGGAAGAUUUUUUGGCUAAUGUUGUUGAGGAGGUUGGAGCUGAUAAUGUGGUUCAAAUUGUCUCGUACUCAACAUCAACUUUCAUGGAGGAUGUAGGGAAGAGACUAAACGAAAAGCAUAAGGGUGUUUUUUGGACUGUGAGUGCAUCUCACUGUAUAGAACUUAUGCUAAACAAACUUGCAAUGAUGGAUGUCUUCAAGGAAAUAUUGGAGAAGGCAAAAACCAUUACACAAUUUGUUUACAGCAAUGAGGAUGUCCUGAAACUUGCAAGAAAGUUUUGCUCUACUGACUUAGUUAAGCCUUCGAAGAUAAAGUCAAUAGUUCCGUUUCUUACCCUUGAGAACAUGGCGGUGGAGGACGAAAACUUGCAAAAGAUGUUUCUCUCUUCGGGUUGGAAAUCCUUAGUUUGUGCUUCUACCGAGGAGGGGCGAAGCAUUGCUGCCUUGGUGGCAGAUAAAACUUUUUGGAAUGGAGCUUUGACGGUCUCAAAGGCCACUAUUCCGCUGGUGACAGUUUUGAAAUUGAUCGGUGGAAGUAAUAAGCCAGAAAUUGGUUCUCUAUAUGACACAAUAGACCAGGCUAAGGAGACAAUCAGAAUAGAAUUCCAGUCGAGGAAAUCCCAAUACAUACCAUUCUGGGAAGCAAUAGAUGAAAUUUGGAACAAGUAUCUUCACAGCCCUCUCCAUGCUGCAGGAUACUUUUUGAACCCUAAUCUUUUCUAUUCAGAUGACUUCUUCGCUGAUGCAGAAGUUUCAUGUGGCCUCUGUUGCUGCAUUGUCCGUAUGUCACCGAAUCUUAGCAUUCAAGAUUUGAUGAUGCUGCAGAUUGACAAGUACCGGAUGGCAAAGGGUGAUUUUGGCUUAGGCAGUUCCGAGCUGGAAAAUAUUCAUCCAGCACUUUGGUGGUCAAAGUAUGGAGAUGAAUGCCCUGAACUACAAAUGAUGGCUGUCCGGAUCCUGAGUCAGACCUGUGAUGGGGCUUCAAAAUAUAAUCUAAAGAGGACAUUGGCAGAGGCCUUGCUCACUGAAGGGAGAAACCAGAUUGAACAGGAGAGGCUGAGGGAUCUGGCUUUUGUUCACUACAAUCUGCAGUUACAAAAUUUUAAGCCAGAUGUCUGCAACGACUUCUCAGAUGAGGAGAUCGACCCCAUGGAUGACUGGAUAGUGAAAAGACAGCAUGGUUCACUGAUCAGGUAUGAAGAGCCAGUGCCAAUAGAGUUGGAUUCUGAAGGUUCAGCUAGAGAAGGGGUCAUUUGAAAAGACAGGGCAAUUCUCGCGCAGAAAGGAGCUCAGCUAGUGAUGUAAAUUAUCUGUAGAUUUUGUAAGUGCAACCGGCAGUCUACAGUGACCAUAAACUUAAUAGUUGAAUAGGCCAGUUUCAUACUCCCUAUAUUUGGUUAGUGUUAAUUGUUCUGACCAUUGAAAAUUCACAUGGUUGGCAGAAUUAUGGAUUGCUCAAAACUAAGUUAAAGGAAAUGAUAACUUUGAAGAA